AUGCAUUUUUCCAUUCCUCAUACUCACUGAAGCCUAUGAACUGUUCUGAGUUAAGCUAGUUUUUGCAAAUUCAUUUGUAAUGCAGUUGUAAUACAGAAAAAAGCAAGAGUUAUAAAAUCCGUGGAGCCAUAAAAAAGGUGAUUCGAUGGAACGUAAUCUGUAAACAUAUUUCAGUGGAAAUUCGUCUGAUUGCAAAACGUUAAAGAAGCGAUAGACGCUAUUGCAACAUAUGAAAGUGAUUUUUGGUAGUUUAACUUUAAUAAGGAAGUCCUUGUGAGUUUAAUUGAUACCAAAGACGGUUUUUGAAACCUCAUAAGAGAAAUUAUUGGCGAGCGACAUACAAAGCAAGCGUGUAUCAGCGACCAGGCACAAUUUCCAACCCACAAAAUUAGUGCUUGCGGCGCGACCAUGGAGGAAGUGGACGAUGAAACAUUCGACGAUGCCAAAUCUACGCGCACCUCAGAUGAGAAUCGCAAGCAAAACCACAGUGAGAUUGAGAAGCGUCGACGCGACAAAAUGAAUACCUAUAUAAAUGAGCUGUCAUCCAUGAUACCCAUGUGCUAUGCAAUGCAUCGGAAGUUAGACAAGCUAACAGUACUUAAAUACACAGUGCAACACCUGCGUGGCAUACGCGGCAGCGUGCAUCCAUAUAGUGGCGGCGAUUAUAAGCCCUCUUUUCUAUCGGAUCAGGAACUUAAAAUGCUUAUACUCCAAGCAUCCGAGGGAUUUCUCUUCGUGGUGGAUUGUGAUCGCGGACGCAUUCUAUAUGUUUCCGAAUCAGUGUCGCAAGUGCUAAAUUGUUCGCAAAUGGAUUUACUCGGGCAAAGUUGGUUUGAUAUUUUGCAUCCAAAGGAUGUGGCUAAAGUAAAGGAACAGCUUUCUUCGUUGGAUCCAUGCCCGCGGGAACGCCUAAUUGAUGCUAAAACCAUGCUACCCGUCAAAAGCGACAUUCCACAAAGCCUUUGCCGCCUCUGUCCGGGCGCGCGUCGUUCUUUCUUUUGUCGCAUGAAACUCAAAUCAAAUAACAACCAAAUAAAAGAAGAAUCAGACACAUCCUCGAGCUCACGCAGUUCUACAAAGCGCAAAUCUAAGCUAAGUGUUGAUCACAAAUAUCGUGUUAUACAAUGUACUGGUUAUUUGAAGUCAUGGACGCCAAUAAAAAACGAAGAUCAAGAUAGCGAGAGUGAAGAUAAUCUGACGAAUCAUUCCAGUUUAGUGGCUAUUGGACGAAUACCGCCGAAUGUUUUGGAAUCAAAUGUGCCACCAUCAUUGGACAACCAUCCUAACAUUAGGCAUGUGCUAUUCAUCUCAAGACACUCCGUGGAUGGCAAAUUUUUAUUCAUUGAUCAAAGAGCCACAAUCGUCAUUGGUUUCUUGCCACAAGAAAUGCUUGGCACCAGCUUUUACGAUUACUUUCAUCAUGAGGAUAUUCCUGCAUUGGCGGAGUCACAUAAAAUGGUCAUUCAAGUGCCGGAGAAGGUAACCACGCAGGUUUAUCGUUUUCGCUGCAAGGACAGUAGUUUCAUACAACUGCAGAGUGAAUGGAAGGCUUUCAAAAAUCCUUGGACAACUGAUAUUGAAUAUAUAAUUGCGAAAAAUACGGUUUUCCUCUGAAUACUUCUCCGGCGGCUUUGCUAUUUAUUCGUAGAGUGAAUAUUUCGUAAUCUAAUGGAAACGACUUAAAAGUUUACUUUUCUACACAUACUAGUGUGUUUUAUAAGUAUGUAUUUUCAUAUUAGAUUUAAGUUCAUCGCGUAAAUAUUUUGCAUAAAUUCAUACAAAGAUGCUCUAGCGGAGGUUCGCAAAUAAA